UUGAGUAAAAUUCCCGUAGCUAUACCCUUAUAUCGCUGUACAUAACUCUGGAGCCCUGGCCAUUUUAGCUCCUCGCGUAGUUUCGCGUUUCCUUCACUCAUCUUCUCCGAAGCUCCUCUGCAUUCGACCUAGCUCUGCGAUCUCUCCGCAAUUCACUUCAAGAUGACUGAAACUCCUUUUAGGCCACGAGAGAUGCUUCUAGAGAAGCAGAGAUACUUCCAGAGCAUCCAUAGACACACUUACCUGAAAGGACCUUUCGAUAAAAUCACCUCCGUUGCAAUUCCUCUCGCCUUGGCUGCGAGUUCGCUCUACAUGAUUGGAACUGGAAUCUAUAACAUGUCGCAUGGCAUUGGGAAGAAGGAAUAAACUUUUUUUGUUGUUGUUAAUUGUGUUCCCAUAUGUGGGGGUGCUGGACUAAGAUUAGCACUGAGUGCUUCUGAAGUUUGUUGAUGGUGUUUUGCCUUUGCCAAAAUAAUUGCUUUAGUUGCAUACGAUGUCCAAAAGCUGAAGAUAUUUGAUGUUAUUUAUGAACAUUAUCCCCAAAUGGCCCGGUUCUUCA